AUGCGAGUCCAACAAGUGGUGACAACACCAUUCAUUGACUCGGAUCCAAACCGUCUUGUAUCUACUGAAGAAGAACUGCUUCGUUUAGCACCAUUACCUCAUGAACGUGUUGUCUAUUGGGGAUCUGGUAGUCCUCAAGCAUGGCGUAUUCUUAUUGCACUAGAGGAGAAGAAACUUCCAUACCGAAGUGUCUGUGUUAGUUUUUCCAGUGGUGUGCUCAAAUCAUCGUUCUUUCGUACGCUUAAUCCACGAAUGCGUAUUCCUGUUCUAGUGGAACCAGUCGAGUUACAGUCCGACAAAUCCAAUGAUGAUCAUCAACAUGAAGUUCUGGAAACAUUACCACCCAAAAGCAGAGUAGCAGAGGCAGCGAUGGGUAUUUCUCGACUCAUGACGCAGCAGUCUUUGUCACAGUAUCGCACAAUCGUGUACGAGUCAUGCGCAAUCUUGGAAUAUCUAGAGAAAAAAUACUACACAGCACCUUGUAUGCCAGUAUCAACAGCUCUCUAUGCAGUCGCACAGUCACGUCUGCAUGAAGCAAAUGAGAUAUUGUCGGUUGUUGGUGACUUGGUAGUAUAUUUGCGUCGGUUUCCACACGAAAAGCGGAAUCCAGUGGUGGUAAAUGCCAAAUGGGCAGUAGUUGAAGGUGAAUUGAGUCUCUGGGAAGCCUAUUUGGAUGGACAUCAGUUCCUCGUCGACUCGAAUGUGCCGUAUUUAUGCGAUUUCACGCUUUUUACGAAUAUCGCAUAUGCUGUCCGAUGUGGUUUGCAACUUGAUGGCCUCUAUCCACGUCUAGCAAUGUUCUACGUGCGCAUGUGUGCACGUGGAUCGAUUGACACGACGUGGCCACCACACUGGCGAACAACCUUUGGCUCAAAAGUCCUUACCAAAACAUGUGGUCAUUGUGGAGGAAGAGCUGAUCAACCUUGUGUUUGUAAAGAGCAGCCAGUGGCGUUGACAUCCGUUCCUUUCAUUCCUCACUAG